UUCGCAGGUUUACCGAACAGUAAGUGCUGUAAAAUGAUUAACCAACCAAUAUAAAUGCUCAGCCGGAUGUGGUGUUAAGUUAUAAUAUUACUUUAAAGUUUAAUGUGUUCUGUGUAUCGACAUAUCUCAAAUUGUUAAGACUGCAAACUAUAAAGCUGGAAUAUUAAGAUAGUCUCUCCGGGCGACUUAGAAAUCAAAUAUGAUAAUGGUUUUCCAUAAACUUAUCUUUAAAAUGUCACUGACUCUUGUCACUUUCAAAUUACCAGGUGUUGAAGGUAGCUGUCGUUUUCCAUCCUUUUUGCAACCCCCCAUUGUUAUGGGAGAGACGAAACCAUGGAAUACGGAAACAUGGUGGAUCAAUUUGAAACACGAUGUCAAGUGGUUGCAGAAACAGGACAUAUUUAUUGAAGGCAACAGUUUGUGGCGGCAUCGAGAACGUAAUAUGAAACGAUGUGAUCGCCUUGGAAGAAGUGUAUAUUCAAAAAGUAGUUUUGGGCGCUGUUCAGAAAGAGAAUUAGUGUACAACAGAACUUGUUUAACCAGCGAAGGAUACAAUACGUUCAGAAUUAUUCAAUACAACUUAGACAGAACUCAUAAAUUUACCUGUAUGAGGUUUAUUAGAAGAAGCGACAAUACUGUGCAAGUUGAAGAGGGACCGCUUAGUGACACAAAUGACCCUGACUUAUGUGACGAAGAAGGGUUGGUUUUGGAAGAAUGGCCGUGGAUAGCACCAUGGAAGAUAACAUCCUAUGUAUGCCCUAUCCACGGUGGUUUUACAUUUAGAACCAUUAGCAGAUUAACCAAUGAAGACUAUUGUGAAAACGAAUGGAGAAAAUCAACAUUAGAGGUAGAAUGUAUUGUUGGAGAUGGCUUAGAUUUUAUGUCUCCAGUUAAUAGUAAUUGUAACCCUUUACUCCGAAGAGGGAACCAUAAACGAUUAAGCUGCUGGUCCAGUUGGAAAACAAAUGAGUAUAUAUUUAUUAUAGCUGGUGAAACAGGCAUGCAUCCUCGAUAUUGCUUGAGAUUUCCAAUCAAAAUGAAAGGAGAGUUUACUGUAUUAAUCUACUUUAGUGUUAUAUGCCCGGAUGAAAUUGACGGAAAACCACCUUCUGGAAUACAAUACUAUGAACUGCGAAUGAAACAAAAAGAUGAGGAAAGAUGUGAAGAUGAUGACGAGGACAGAUGCAAAAUAAUUGAAGUCCAAGGACUUUGCGCCAAAGAGCAAGACGCUAGUCAUUGUCGCCGGACGUGUGGCCUUUGUCAGCAUAAUACUUCAACGAGGCAGAGGUGUUAUUUUGAUCCCAAACUGCACGGCAAGUGGGUUCUGUACGAUACAGAUAGGAUAGAAGAUGUAACAAUAGAGAGGAAACGAGCUGUUUUUAGUGCAUUUGGACAAUAUUAUUGCAGAGAAACUGGAACCAAUGAAAACCAAUACAAGGCGGUUUCUAUCUUUACUAAUGGAUGCGCACCGAGAUAUACCUGUUUUGAAUUCUCUAGAACUAACAACAACCUGUUACAGUACAGAGCAAGUAGAAGUUUGAGACAUGAUAAAGAAAUGGAAGAAAUAUGUACCUUCCACGAAGAUACAUACCCACUUUUGGAUACCUAUAGAAGUUCUUACUUUAAAAACCUUAUCUUAUCUGGAAUAAAAUUUCUGUGGCCUUCUUACUGUGGUAUUGAUAGUACAAUACCCUUUAAUGGGACUUAUUUUGGUGAAAUGUGCGAUGGCACUAUCUCGGAUUGGGAUGAGGAUACGUGCACGACGAAAGGAACUCUUACACUACAAUCAAGGACAUGCUCUCCUUUAAUGGCACCAUUAGAGCUUCAGUGUUUAGCUUAUAUAAUGCAUGACAAAGAAGAUCUACAACAGAUACUUAUAACACGGAGUAUGGAUGGCAAAAAUGAGUUCAAUUGCUGGAUAAUAAAGAGCUAUAUUGAUGGUGGUAAAUGGCCGUGGAGGGUAAUGUUCAAGAUGCCAACAACUCAGUGUACACCUGUUCCGGAUACUCAUAUGGAUGCACACCGACUUCCGAGGGCUGAAUUUUACCUGGGAGAUAAAGACAAAAGUAAAUUAUGUAAACCGGCACAGAAUCCGGAUUCUGUUAACCAAGGUGUUAAGGUCACAAUUAAACCAUAUGUAGGAGAAAAAGAGGCGUCAACAUUUACGAAAGAAGACCAAGAUCUGGAGUUUACAAAUGGGGAUGAUUUUAAACAUGAGCCACGUUCCUCGAAAAACGGUUGUCAUACCUCCAUAGAUAGGUCAUAUCAACUGUUCGGGAUUAUUUCUUUAUGUUUGAUGGGGCUGUGAUAUGCCAGAAAAUUAGUAUUUAUGAAAGGCAACUGUGCAAUAUUUAUGCAAUUAUUAUUCUUUGAUGGUAACAACCUCACACAAGUGCCAAAGACGUAGUUUAACGUAUGUGCAAAUAAUGUAAUGAAUCACUGUAACUUACUAUAUUUAACAAAUGUCGUGAUUCCAGGGUUUUAUAUAUUUGUGAAAAUGAAGCAAAAGAUUGUCGUAUCUGUACACUUAACAAAAUAUUACUUAUAUGGUACAAUGUGAGGACGGCAUACCUAGAUUAGUUUUUAGCUGUAAACCCAUGCACAAAAAAAAUAUGACAUAGUAUAACUUUUAAAUUUCGCGUUCCAUGCCAUCGUUUGUCGCCCGACUACAAACUAAAUUUUCACGACAGAAUAUUUUACCGGAAUUUGUGUGAAAAGGUUAAUAUAAAAAGUACAAGAACUUUUGUGAACUAAAGAUUGGUUUAGGAUAAAUUUGUUUCUAUUAAUUAACAUCGGUAUUUUUUUUGGUUAAAUAUAUUAAUAAUAUUCAUAUUCUAAAAAGAAUGAAAUGCAAAAGUAGACCUUGUUAUGAUUAUCUCAUUUUAUUUUGAUUAAAAUUAAUAUCGAUAUAAAUGAGACCACAUUAUGUUUUAGUUGUAUGCUAUAACUUAUUUCGAUUGUAUAUCAUGUUUUAGUUGUUUGUCAUAACUUAUUAUGAUUCUAUAUCAUGGUUUGUAUAUAUAUCAUUGUCCGCAAUUUGUACUUUCGUUAUAUUCUACUACUAUUUGAAUUCUUGUGGUGUGUACAUUACGGUAAUUGAUGCAAGCGACAUUUCGGUCAAUAGCCCAUAUAUUAACAGAACUCCCUACUUUCUCCGUUUCACUAGCUUUCUUCGAACAACGCAACGAAACAUGUUAAUAAAUAAAAUUAAUAAUUCAGUAUAAAGUUCUGUCAUUAGUGUAUCAAUGUCAAAAUAAUCUUGCUCCCUUAUAUUUGUCUGAA